UGACCAAGGGGCAGCAAACAGCUGACACUGGCUCACUAGGUACAAGUAGGUACUGCUGAACUGAAGUCAGUGUUCAGGGUCUGCUGAGGGAUGACAAACAGGAUUCAUUCUCCUAUUAUUGUGGCUGGUAUUUAAAUAUAGUAAAAGGACAUAUUGUUAAGUCUUAAAGAUAAACAGGCUGAAGGAGCUGGAUGUUAUUCACCAGAAAAUAACCCUCAAACAUCAGAGAGUCGAGAUUUUACAUUCACUUUGCUUCAUCACACAGGGGGAUCCCCAAGCAAAAGCAGUCUGAAUCUGCUGGUGUUUGGCUGCUCUGUUAAGUUCCUCCUGAACAAGAGGAGCUCCAUCUUGCCAGUGAAGUGAGCCACACGUUACUUCAGACCGGUUUAACCAGAGGGCCUUCAACCUGCCUCAUUCUUCCCAGGAGCAAACCCACUGAUUCAAGUUCCUCAAGCUCCAAAACACACUCCACCAUCUGCAGUCCGCUUCAUAUGUGCACAGCCUGGUUCAUCAACAUCUUCACAUGCAUCAGCACACUCACCAGCAGGCCUUCCUCCCCAUCCUGCACCAAUCCAUGACCAUCCAACCUGCUCCAAUGGGAUCUCAGGACAGUAGCUUCAACACUCACCCUCCCAGAGCAACGAGGCCCUCUUUUGCUCCGGUCACUGCCUUUCACAGCGCAACACAUCAGCCCUACAGAUCAACAAAACGAGGGAGAUGGGGCGCAUUGCACGUCUCUAUUGCAUGGAGGACUUAUUACCACAAACAUCUCAAGAAAAUGCAGAAAAAAAACAACAGUCUCUAUCAAGAACUGACACCUGAGUACCCGGCCACCGGUCUACCUGACACAGAACAACACAAGGAAUCAAGCCCGCCCACCAGCACACACCCAAAUAUAGACUCUCAACGUGGACACUCUGCAUGUACUGCAGUCAGGAGUGAGACAGAAAAAACGGCAGAAAGCAUAAGCCACUUCGACAGACGUUAUCCCUCUGACCUUUCAACAUCUUCACCAGUGUCUCUCCACAGCCGUACAUCCAAAAGGGAGAAACUGGAACAGCGCCCGAAGCUGCAUUGGAAAGAGAAACUUAAUGAAAAGAAGAAACGAGGCAGCCGACAAGCUGAAACAACAAAGGACUUACCUCUUAAAGACCAAUCUUGGGAUCAAACGCUGACUCUUGAACUUGACGGCAGACACAGCGGCUCCCUUGACAGGGAGAGGCAGCCAGAGAGUGACAGCUCCAUUAAAGUGAAGAGGGUGAAGCAGGACAUUGUAGACGACCAGUUUGAUUCUUCGAAGACUUUGCACCCUGAUCCAUCUCCAUUUAGUACAACUCACACACUUCCAUCUUUGCACACCAUGCCAGUGCAACACAUACACAUAAGUGAUUUAUCCAUUGUGUAUCCUAACAGCAGCCGAUGUAAUGUUACCAGUGCUCCCCAGGGUUUCAUCUCUUAUCCAGGAGAUGAAAUGCAUCCCUACAAAACCGCUUCAUGGGAGUCAAUGUGGGACGCUCACAAGAGAACAGACCUCCCCUCUAGACAAAACACCCUAGCAGACUAUUCUUUGAAUACCUGCAAAGCAAUCAGGAUACCUCAUGUAGCACAGAGGCAAAAAGAGGCUUGUCAAGGUUUCUUUACACCACCUCUUAAUUUCCCUUAUGCUUUGAGACAGCAGAAAGCAAUUUACCUCAGAGGGAGUGAGUUUCUACACCCACGCCAGGAGAACUAUCACUUCCACCAUCCUGGCUAUCUGGCAACAUCCUACCUGGGGCCCUGAGUCUCCAGUAGGGAUGCAACGAUUAUAGUCUGAAAAAUAAAACUGAUGCACUAAUUACUUUCACUGCUAAUGUAUGAAAUUAUACAAAGACUCUCGGGGUAACAUCUAGCUCACCCAGUAGAGUCCGCUCCCCAUGUAGGCUGAAGCUUUGGAAGUGGCCAGAGUCCAAAUCUAACCUGUGGCCCUUUGCUGCAUGUCAUCCCUACUCUCUCUCCCUUUUCCUGUCUUCAAGCUAUCCUGUGGGCCAUAAAAAGUUCAAUAAAUAACCUUUAUACAUGAACAAUCUAGAUUUUAAUGUUACUUAUUGCUGCCUUUUGAAACAUAAAUAACACAGGAACAGUUCUGAAGUUUUGAAAAUGAUUAUAUGAUCAAUCAUCUAUCUUUUUAUUUAAAUUGAUCUUAAAAGGUUAGAGACUAGAGGUGAAUCAGUCAGACCACAAACAGAGGCCAAGUUGGCAACAGCAGUGUUGUCCAUUUGGCCCUCAAAAAGCUAGAAACGGCCCUGCUAGCUGAUAAAGAGCUGCUGGACCGGGAGCACCUGUCCCAGGGAGACUCGCAGCAUGUCGCCUUAUAAAGAAGAGUAAGUAAGUAACGUUAAGUGGUAAUGUUAGUGACAUGUUUGAGCUGUUGAGCUCCCUCUAAAAGUAACGUUUUAAUUAGUGUACUAAACGUCGGCUUCUGACUCGUUAGCUGUUAACCGUAACGUUACUGUUAACAUUAAACUGGUAACGUUAACAAGCUAACAACCAAUUAACAACGUUAACAAACAGUUGGCUAAAGUUGCUAGCUAGCUUACCAGCUUGUGUUGAAUUCCCCGUUGCCGCUGUACUGAAGUCAGGGCUGGCUCUGCUCUGUUUCCCGCUCUUUGCUACCCAGCUAACAUUUUUGGGUUCCCAGAACGUUCUCGGACGUUUUUGGUUGCGGGCCGUUCCCUGAAGGUUAGGUUAGGUUUUGGUUGGGUUUUGGUUGCAUGGUGACUACAUUUUGAUUUCCAAAAAAAGAGGACACUCGGCCCGGCCUCGAGACACAAAUUCAGACAGGCUUCUCAGAGGUUAAUGAACAUGCUUUAUUAUGCCUCAAUGGUAUAAAAAAUAACGUAUGUAAUAAAAUAAAAUCUUUAACAACCUGAAACAAAAUAAUAGCUCUUUUCAAAUAAAUAUGAAAUAAUAUGUAUGACCUAUUCUGUGUCAGCUUCAACUAAAUAUCUCUUAAAACCAUUUCAGUGUAAUAAGAUAAGGUUUUUCGGUGUCGAUGUGAGCUUUGAGAUCUCCAGCACCUUUAUUAGACACUGAUACAAAUGUGCUAGCAUAAUACACAAUAGAAUAUAAUUUUUAAAGGCAGCCUCUCGGGAAUUAUGUCACACAACAAAGUACCGUAGUAUUGUGAGCAAAGCGCCAGUCAAUUUAAGUAUAGGCUACUUAAUGCUAAUGCCCCCCAAUCGGUCUGUUCUGACAGAUAAGGAGAGUAGCUAUUCCCAUUGCUUUAAUGCAGUAGAGCUCCACACUGCCCGAGACAUGAAAAACCAGAGAAAGUGGGAUGUUUUUGAUUAUGUCUCCAGUAUUAACAAACAAUACUCUUUGCACUAGAACAGCUUUAAUUAGGCAACUAAGAUUCAUUUAAUAAAGCAUGGUGGUUUUAAAAAUUGAAAUUGUUGUUUUUUUUGCUGUUUUUUGCAACUGUACAGUCAUACUUACACUGUAAUAAUUCCCUCUUAUAAAAAAAAUAUCUAGUUACUUUUUUUUAAUUAGUCAGGUGAUAUCAAUGCUCAUGUUUUGAGAAAGAAACGGUGAUUUAAAAAUAUUCUAUGUAGCUGUUUGAGUGUUGUUAGGGUCAUCAGAGACAAAUUCAAUU